AUGAAUCCUUCCUCGGCGUGCCACAGGGUCCGCCCUGCUAUCCGGUCCACGGCUUUGUCUCGACGCUAUGCAUCGACUUCCUCCCCUAAGUCUGCAAAGAACCGCUGGCUAGGAUUCGCUGUCGUGAGCGCCGCGGCCGCCGGUGCCGGCGCGUACAUUCGAUCGCAGACUCCCAACUCAGGAACUUUAAACCCGGAAACAUUCACAAAGUACAGUCUUGUGGCCCGAGAGCCCGUGUCUGCGACGAGUAGCCUGUUCACGCUUCGCCCGCGAUACCCCAGCGACAGCAACUACGACGUAUACGAAAACGCCUGGCGAACCGGAGUAUGGAGUGUGAUGUUCAAGCAGCCCCAGCUGCAAAUUGGUCGCGAUUAUACACCUUUACCAACAACGGCAGCUACAUCAUUAAGUGUGGACGAAGAGAAUGAAGGCUACCUGCGAUUCUUUAUUCGAAAGGACCCGUUCGGAGAAGUCUCGCGAUACCUACACACGUUGAAAAUAGGUGCAGAUAUUGAGAUGCGAGGACCACAAAUUGAGUGCGCUAUUCCCGAGGAAACGAAUGAAAUACUGUUCAUUGCUGGUGGAACGGGUAUUGCUCCGGCCUUGCAAGCGGGAUAUUCCCUCCUGAGCCGCACGACUAGCGAGAACCGACCGAGAAUACACAUUCUUUGGGCUAGUCGCUUAAGAGAAGAUUGCAUGGGCGGUGAGAGUGACACCGUCAAAGCUCCGUUGCGGCGAUCCUGGUACUCGGGGUGGUUUGGCUCGUCCGAGAGCACUGCCCCCGGCACUCGGGCAGAUGCUGCAACUUCCUCGAAGCAGGCCACUUCUCUCAUUGUUAAGGAGCUAGAGGCCCUCAAAUAUCAAUAUCCGGGGCAGGUUACAGUGGAUUACUACUUGGAUGAGGAGAACAGGUUCAUUGGAAAGCAGGAUAUCUCCAAGUUCAUCGAGUCCACACGUCCUACCGACAGUUUGCGCAAGAGCAAACUGAUAUUAGUAUCAGGCCCUGCAGGAUUCAUCAGCUAUGUGGCCGGUCCCAAGGUCUGGGCACAAGGACAGGAGUUACAGGGACCCGUCAUGGGAGUCAUCAAGGAAUUAGAUCUCAAGGACUGGGGGGUGUGGAAACUCUGA